UUAGUGUGGGGGGCGUGUCUGUUGUCAAGGGUCAUGUGACCAUGUAAAGUCAUGUCACUAGUAUAAAUCCUCUGACAGACACGUACAGCUUCUCUCCCAGCGUUUCUAACGGAGUAUUUGUAUCCGGUUUGGUCUGGCUGUUACGUGAGUCAUGGCAGACCAGGCUUUUGUCACCCUUGCUACAACUGACAAAUAUGCCAAAGGAGCAAUGGUACUUGGCAAGUCCUUGAGGAACCACAACACAUCAAGGAAACUAGUGGCCCUGAUUGGCCCCCAUGUCUCAGAACCCUCCAGAGCAGUGCUUCAUAAAGUCUAUGAUGAGGUCAGGCUGGUGGAUGUGCUGGACAGUGGGGAUGCUGCACACUUGGCCAUGAUGAAAAGACCUGACCUGGGCGUCACCUUCACCAAACUCCACUGCUGGACUCUUACAGAAUACUCCAAAUGCGUGUUUAUGGAUGCAGAUACUCUAGUUUUGUCUAACAUAGAUGAGUUAUUUGAGAGAGAGGAGCUCUCUGCUGCACCAGAUCCUGGCUGGCCUGAUUGCUUCAACUCUGGUGUGUUCGUCUUCCGCCCCUCCAAUGAGACGUAUGGGAAGCUUCUCACCUUCUGCUCAGAGAAUGGCAGCUUUGAUGGUGGGGAUCAGGGUGUUCUCAACAGCUUCUUCAGUGAUUGGGCAACGGCAGACAUUUCAAAACACCUUCCUUUCAUCUACAACCUAAGCAGCAUCGCCAUCUACACCUAUCUCCCAGCAUUCAAGCAAUACGGCCGUGAUGCCAAGGUUGUACAUUUUCUUGGCAAAGUCAAACCGUGGGAUUACAGUUAUGACACCACAAGUAAAACAAUAAAGGGACAGUCCCAGGAUGCUUCUGACAUGCACCCCAACUACAUGAUGCAGUGGUGGGAGCUUUUCUGUUCUUCAGUAUUGCCCCUCAUGAAGGAGGAAUAUGGUGACCAGCCCUUCCUUUCUGGAUGCACAGAGAGUGAUAUUCACGUUGAUGUGGCUGAGAUGCACAUAUCCCAUCAUCCCCCUCCACCUCCGAUGUCGUCUCAUGAGCGGAAACAGAAGUGGGAACAGGGCCAAGCUGACUACAUGGGACUGGACUCUUUUGACAACAUAGAGAAAAGGCUAGAUUCCUUCCUAAAGUGAGAGGCACUUGGGAACAGAUCAUUAGAUCUAGUUUUGUACUGGGGUAUGUACAGGACAUAAAAUAACAUUAAAAAAAAAAAAAAAAUCCUAUGAUUUUUUUUUUUUUUUAUACCAGUCCAGAUCAUCUAUGCAGCUCAAUUACUCAAUCUCUUACCCACUGUGAUUGCAACAGUUAUUCGAAUGACACAACGUCACUUGCCUCAUUUCCAGAGAAGACGUGACACAAUUCAGGCAUUGUUUCUGAUCUCACUGAACAAGACACUAGUUGUCUUUUUAUUAUUCAAGAUACCAUAAUAUAGUCUUACAACCUUAUAGGCUUUACCUCUUUUAUUUGCCUUUCAUGUGUUUGUGAAGAUCAGAAACAAUUAUGGAAAAAAUUUGAGAAACAUACAGCAAACAAAACAAUACCAAACCUUGUAAAUGACUUCAGCAUGCCAGAUAUACUGUACACCACUCCACAUUCAAUAUUAAACAUCUAAUGUCCGCCUUUGCAAUAAGUGUUUACAAGACACAUUGUGUGCUGCCAACUCGCUUAAAUCGUCAUUAUGAGCUCUGAUAAACUUCAACUCUUAUUGUUUGAACCAAGGUCACUCCGCUCUUGCCUACUGGGCAGUCACUUGCUGUAGCAGGGAUAAGGCACAAGGGUUUUGCAACACUUAGUUACUACUGUAGCUGUAGAUAACUAGUUUGUAACCUUCCUGUAACUCUGCCCCCACCUGUAACACCUGAAAUAAAGAACUAGUAACAAAA